AUGCUGUCAAUCAGAGACUAUCGUUAUAAAGUCCAUGUCAAACCGACACAAAUAUUGAUUGAUGAAAGAGAUGGGUCCAUUUUCGGUGCAAUAUUUGAAUGGGAUCGGUCUGCAGCAUUGUCUGAAUUCAAACCAUUCAAACCAGUUGGAGCCCCAAGAGCUGUUUUAGCACUCAGAGGAACGCUGGUCAGAUUUCCUACUAUGCGAAGAGAUUUUGAAGACGAUUUCCGCUUUGUUGCUUGGGAAAGCUUGAAGGAUUCUGUGAGGUUUAAAGUAGCUAUGGAUGCAGUAAAAUCGGUUUAUGAUACAUAUGGAAGCAGAAAUGUAUGCAUUGCAGGGCAUUCUUUAGGUGCUGAAUUUGGUCUUCAGGUGGGAAAAGAAUUGGCAAAGGAAAGGAUUAAUGUGGAAACGCAUUUAUUUAAUCCACCUUCUGUUUCACUUGCUCUGAGUCGGGGAAACAUUGGAGAAAAGGCGGAAUAUGUUUGGAAUAGAAUUAAAACUGUGCUUCCUUCAAGUAGUGAAGCUCAUGUCAGUAACGAUGUGGACGAGACUUGUGUUAUGCGAUUGAAGAGAAUGAUACCUCGAUUAUCAUGCUUGAUGGAUGCUGGUUUUGGAAAAAGAAAAUGGAUUCUGCAUCUUUAUGUUAACAGCAAUGAUUGGAUUCGUUACUUUUAUGUCCAUUCCAAUGGAACAAGAGAAAAUAUGGGCGAAGUUGAGAGUAUGGAUCCUACAAAUCAGCAAAAUGAAGCCAAGUUGUUUGUUGUCUCAAAGGAAAACCAGAAAUUUCUCGAGGCUCAUAGCAUGAAACAAUGGUGGUCAAGUGACGGAAACAUAGAGCUUAGGCAUGAUAUCCGCAAUAGCAAACUCGUAAGCGCGCAACUAAAAUCUUUGAAUAGUAGUACACCUUCUCAGGUCAUACUUUUCUAUUAUCUACGGUAUAUUUCAUUAGCCACGAGUCGCGUAAAUAUUAGAGAUGCGACAGAUUAUCUUUGGAGUAUACUUAAAUGUGUGCCUCGUAUAAGUGGUAAAGCUCAAAUCAGCAAUGGUGGAGAAGUGAAGAUAGCUAGAAAGGAGAAUAUGGAUCCUGAAGAGGGUAAAAUUUCUGCAACUCAUGGCAAACAAUGGUGGCCAAGUGACACAAAACUUCACCAAGCUCUCCGUGAUAGCAAACUACACAUAAGAAGGCAAGUUAGAUCGUUAUACAUCGUUACACCUUGGGAAGUAAUAAAAAGAUUAAAUCCUUUUAUUUCACAUCCCAAUUGUCUCAAUAAUAUUGGACAAAAAGAAGAAUUUGUAUGGAAAUGGAAUAGUAUUAAAUCCAUACUUCUUUCAAGUAGUGAAACUCAAAUGAAAAAUGACAAUAACAACAAGAUAUCAAGUGUACCGUUGAAGAGUUGGAUGCCUUCACUAUCAGGCUUCAGGGAUGUUGGUUUUGCUUUGGUCAGAAAGGCUUCUCCUAUGUUUAAUCUACCUUUUGUUUCAUCAGUCAUACGUCGUUGAAAUAGUGGAGAAAAGGAAAAAUUUGUUUCGAAGUAGUGAAACUCAAGACAGCAAUGAUUCAGAGCAGACUUCAAUACUUAAGGAUGCUACUUUUGGGGUGGGAAAAUUUGUUCCCUAUUUGUAUGCUAACAAGAGAAGUGGUGGCAUAGGAGAGAAAAUGGUUGACAAGGAGGACAAGGGUCCUUUGCAAUGACACAAAAAAAGCCUCAAGUUAACAAUGGAUUUACUACAUAGUUUGCUAGCUUCAAUCAUAAUAAUGCAGUUGCAGUCUGCUUUUGCUUUUAAGCUGUUAAAACCUAUGAAACACGGAUACGGACA